GGCGAAGAAGAUUACCGCGUAACUUUACGCUGAGCUACAAAACAGCGCUGAAAACAACCGUAAAAGAAGAUCAACGUGUGAUCAAAGAGAUAUGGCAAACAGGGAUACUGAUGAUGAUGUGUUUCCUAAGGCGUCUCGUCAAAAGAAAGAUGUCCGUCGCCCAGACCUGGCCAUCUACAAGCCCGGCCAGUCUCGUCUUAUGAAGAGACCAGAAGAUGAAAAAGCCAAAUCUGCUGCCCAAGACAGCAACACAAGUACUAAGAGCCCUGCCAAAGACACUCACACAUCACAGGAAACUUCACACGUACAAAACAGAAAACUCAAACCAGAACACCCCACACAUGAAAGCAAAAUUACUCCCAAAGAGCAGAAGUCAGCUAGACAUGAGCAUUUUCCAUCCAAAGGGGGUCAACAUAAACAGUUAGCUAAUCGCGAUAGAUUUUCUGGUAGUAAUAGAGGCGGCAGUAACAGAACUGGACGGAACCAUGAAUCAAAACCUCACCACCAUGAAAAAAGUAUUGGCGAUAGACAGAAGGAAGCAGAAGAAAAAAGUAAGAGUGUAAAAGUUUCAGACGUUCAAUCGGUUAGUGAUGAACAGCAACCGAAGGUACAGAGUCAGCUUCGAUGGCUCGGUCCUCAAGGUCGGAGAAAAAUUGCAAAAGAAGAUCAACAAAUCAAUUCGCCUCAAAAUGAGCUUCAAGGAGGAGUUCCAGAAAUAAUAAAUGCUGCUUCAAAGAAUGCCAAAUCUGAUUCUGAUACAUCGAGUAUUGAUAAAUCGGGAUGCCAAGAUGUCCCUCGGAGUAAUCGAGGAGGCUGGGUUGGGAAACAGGAAUCGUCUCACAACAAGGCUCUUGAUAGACCUUCUCUAGGUGCAAACCAAUCCUCAACUAGCCAGAGCAAGACACAAGCAGCUGCAAAACAGGACUUCUCACAUAGAACGCAAGAACAUGGAAAGGGUAGCAACCAUCAAUCAAGAAGGUAUCCUCAUCCCCAAGAAGGAAGGAGGGGUUCUAAAGACGGUGAACAACAUAAACAGAGGGAAGAUGUAAUAUCUUCAAGAUUGAAUGCUAAGACCAACGUUGCACCUGUAGAUAAACCUUCAAACAAUAAAUCCUUGAAGCCAAAGAAGCCAGAACGUCCUCUGUACGUUUCUCCGAAGCUUACAGCCGAAGCUGCACCACUUAAUGAGUUACAAGUUGGAGAUACUCAUCUAAGUGACGGUGGACUCACUUCAAAGCCAUUAGCAUCCGAAGGAACAAUUGAAACAAUGGUCUUCACCUCAAGGAAAGGAUUAACUCAAAAUUUGCAACAGAUAUCAAAACCCACUCCUAAGCAGAACGUUCCUGAAAAGUUCACAAUUGAAAAUAACCAGAAAGUUGCAAUGAAGUCCCUACUAGAUCUUCAAGUGUCUCCGCCUAGGGAGAGCACAAGAGGGAAGCUGACCCAGGAUGUGGUAAGACCUCAGAGCUCGGAGCCAAGGCCUCAAGUGACUCACUCAUCCAAGAGGUACUCGGCAAGACGAUCUCGGCAACGAUUCAACAGCGAGAGCUCAACUGGAAGCGAUAAUAGUCAAUUUGUGGAACCAGUAGCAGCAAAGCCAGUGGAGGGGAAUGGCGACUUGGAACACAUUGAUUCAAGGCUUCAUGGCGUAGGCCUUGAGAGUAACCCAAGCCGCUCACAUGAACCCAUCUCAAACAGAGACUCUCGUCAUCAUCAAGGCACGACGAUGACCCAGAAAAAUAAAUCCGAGAAUCAAAAUCUCAAAAAGCAGCUGAGUUCAAGGCAAAAUGACAGAGGGGGUAGAGACUUCGAGGAGGGAAGGAAUAACACAGAGAGAGCAAAACUGUCGGUUACUUUCAGCAGCCAGGUUCAUGAAGUGAAAAUCACCCAGGAGGAAAGAAGUGGUGGUGGAUCUGAAUCAGAAGAUGCAAGAGCUGAGGAGAGACGUUGGUCAGGCAGACAAAAUCACCAACAUGAACGAGAUUCCAGGCGACAACAUGGCGCGGAACAAACUAAAUCAGAGAAUGUGUCAUUAGGUGGUGGACUUAUACGUAUUCCUCAGAAACCAGACGACAAUACACCAACCCAUCACCCUUCAUCACAACCUUCUCAUCCCCAUUCCAAUCAACCUUACAAACCCGUCUUCGACCAGCACUAUCCAACAUCACAGACAAAGGAGGACCAACGAACAAAAGAUAGGGGCCGCCACAGCAAAAAAAAUCUACUGUGGGAUCCCAACAAGCCUGCCGAGAAACCGGCUCUUUUGUCUACAAAGAAACCAGAAUCAUCUGAGCUUCAGUUUUACGAUCCGGAGCACGAUGGUGCUGGAAACGAACACGGAUUUGACCCCAGAGGUCAAUUUCAACACUCUGGCUACUCUCCAUACUAUCCCCCGGCUCAAACCAUGCAAGUGCAGCCUGGGCUUUAUCCUCAACAAGGUUUCAACCAACCCAUGUCAUGGGCUGAGCAAGUAGAAGCCCACACGGACUCACAGACCCAAGCUAGGAGUUCUCCUUCGGCACCUAUUCAUAACUACACAGGGAACUUUCCCCCCUUGGGGUCUUCGCCGAACUCUGCUCCAGCAAUGCCGAAUCCGAGCUCUAUGCAAACAUCAGGGAGUUCUCAUUCUGCUUUCAAGACCCUACAAGACACGGUCAGAUAUGAGAACAGUCUCAACAAUGCAGUGUCACGCCGUUUCCAUGGUGAUGAGAGCGUACAAAAGGUUUUGAAACUCAGCCAAGAACUUGAGCGCAUGUAUGAGUGUGUUAUCCUAUUGGAUCUGGAGAUGUGCAACAAGCACAAUGUGGAGCAGCUGUUAUGGAAGACUUCAUACUAUCAGAUCAUUGAGGUACUACGGAGACAAGAGACUGAAUCGGAAGAAGCUGGAUUCUAUAAGACAUACCUCCUUCGUCUUCUCUCUCACGGCAAUGAGUUCUACAAUGCACUUCUAGAAAAAUUAGAAUCCACAUACGAUUUUAGGUUAGAGUCCCGUACCGGGCUGGAUCCACUGCGUGAAGAACCAAGAAGAACGGUCAAGCUAGCCUUACUCAGUGCUCAGCGAUGCAUGAUAGCACUAGGUGACAUUGCUCGUUACAAGGAACUCACCAACGAGACCACUAAUUAUGGAAAAGCAAGAGGUUGGUACCUCAAAGCUCAACAUCUGGCGCCCAGAAAUGGUAGACCUUACAACCAGCUUGCCAUCCUUGCUUUGUACACGAGGCGGAAACUGGAUGCAGUGUACUACUAUAUGCGUAGCCUGGCAGCCAGCAAUCCUUUCCUGACAGCAAGAGAAAGCCUCAUGUCACUCUUUGAGGAGAUCCGAAGAAAGAUUGAGCAUAAGGAGAAAGCCCAGAUCCAAGCCAAGCUUGAGAAGGAGAAUUCCAGAGAGGAUGAUCGGAGACGAAAGAGCCGUGAACGACGAGGCGGAAGGAGAUGCAAGGAAGAUUCCACAUCGACAAGGAAGGAGAUUUGGAUUGCUACGGAUGGAAGCAGCCAUGAUGGAUCCGAACUACAAGAUGAUGAGAAUGAUUCAGACGCUGAACUGAAGAGGAUGACCCCGGUUGAGGUCAAUAAGAAGUUUGUUCUGAGUUUCCUCAAUGUCCAGGGAAAGCUCUUCACAAAAAUUGGCAUGGAGGCCUUUGAGUUCAUCACGGAUGGAAUCUUAAAGGAGUUCAAUAUUCUCCUAUCUCAUUCACCAACACCCAUUACCAGCACAAGACUCAUUCAGGUUAUGGCUGUUAAUAUGUUUGCUGCACACAACACGGAUGAAUCCUCCAGAGAUGAUAUGCGUUCGUUACUUCAAGAACAGGCAAUUCAACUGGGUCUGGAUAUGUUUGGUCUCCUCGUUAACAGAUGUAACCAAUUACUCAAAGAGCAUCUGAACUCAAGCUCCAAUAGCCGUGAGUUAUUGAGUGAUGAUCUGUUGGAAUUACUGCCAGGUGUCAAGGUCUAUGCUGAUUGGUUGAUGUGCCAUCCAAGUUUAUGGAAUCCAUCGCCGAGUUGUAACGAGAAACCAUUCAGCGUUUCUGUUGAUGUAUGGUCCUGCCUGGCAGAACUUCUAAACACCCUCAAGCAAAUUGACACAACGGUGGUCAAGUUUGUCAAGAAAACUGAUGACAAUGAAUGUCAAGAGAUUUUACUACCUGAGGAUGUUCAGCUCUCUGGGUUCGUUCCGCUGCUAGCUCUCCCUCUACAGCCAGUCUAUGUAUCCAAAGAAACAGACAAGUUGGAAGCAAUGGACUGUGUUCGUAUCAUCUCCCUUCUGCUAUUUGGAGAGUACGCCUGCGGACAGGAAACUCCACUCAUGGCGUACGAUGUGACCAAUAAAUGCUAUGUGUCCAUCGCUCCUGAGCCCAUACCACAGGAAGAACCUGGACAUGCAAGGGACCAGGAGGACGAUGAUGUGAUUCUCGAGGAGAGUUAUUUUGACGAUGAGGAGGAGCUGCCUGAAGAGUCUGUAGAUGGUUCAGGAGACAUCAGUGGGCUGAGACAGAAGAAAGAAGACUUACAACGAGUGCUGCAGGAACAACAACAGAAACAAGCACAGAGACAGGCUACGAUGGAUAUCCACCGCCAGCAGCGAGGAUUAGAGUUGGAGAUCAGACCCUUAUACCUGGUACCUGACACGAACGGAUUCAUUGACCAUCUGGCUGAGAUUCAAUCUCUACUCUCAUGUAGGAAAUAUAAACUGGUGAUACCCCUUGUAGUCAUCAAUGAAUUGGACGGCCUGUCCAAAGGUAGCCUUGACAACCAGUACGAGGAUCAAAGUCACGCUCGUAAGGUACAGGAGGGGGCGGAGCAAGCUAUCUUGUGUCUGGAGGAGAAGUUUGAGCAGAGGAAUAAAUACCUGAGGGCGUUGACGAGUAAGGGUACCGUGCUGGACACGAUAGCGUACCGUAGCGAAGAGGUAGACUUCAAGGUAUGUAAUGAUGACCUGAUUUUGAGAUGCUGUCUUCAUUACAUUGAUGACCGAGCCAAGGACUUCAUGCCAACAGAUAAAGAUGCACCGAUCCGCUUGUAUCGUGACGUAGUAUUGCUGACCAACGACCGCAAUCUGAGAGUAAAAGCUCUUCAACAGAAUGUACCUGUAAAAGAGAUCAGGGCCUUCGCCAAAUGGGCCAAAGUUUGAAGCCUGAAAACCAUUCAUUGGUUGAAAUAAACAAAAGGGAUCGUCUUCGGUGUGAAACCAGACGACGAAGCAAAAUAGGCUUUGGGUCCAUUUGUAGCAUUCCUAUUGAUAUGACAAUGCCGAAAAUAAUUGCAUUAUUGUUUUAGGAACCAUCUAGAUUGUGCGGUAGUUUGGUGGACAGAAGGGUUUUGGCAACUUUCACUUUUCACCUUGGGCCAAGGUUUAAAGCUGGAAAAGCAUUCAUUGGUUGAAAUAAACAAAAGUGAUCGUCUGCGGUGUGAAACCAGACGACGAAACAAAAGAGGGUUUUGGUCCAUUUGUAGCAUUCCUAUUGAUAUGACAGUGCCUAAAAUGAUUGCAUUAAUUUUAGAUUGUGCGUUAGUUUGUUGGGCGGAAGGGUUUUUGCAAAUUUCACUUAUAAAUGUGAAACGUUGUUUUCACUUGGUAGGAUGAUUGGUAAAGUGUAACAGAUUGGUAUUGGUCUGUUACCAUUCAUAAAUGAUGGCCAGCCAAUCAGAAAUGUGGGUUGCAUCACAUGAUCAGAUUUCCAUACUGUGUUUGACAGCAGGACAUUGUUCUCAUUGGCAAGAACAAAUGUACGUGUAGUUGAUGUUGCGAGUUAUAAAUGAUAACCUUUCUUUGUAAUGUCACCUAAAAGUUGACAAAAGAGAAAGUAGGUUUGAACAGCAGUAGUAAGUGUGUCUAUGCCUCAAUGCAUGUAGGUCUUUGUCGUGCACACUCGAUGCAUAAUUUGUGGCAUUCACCCAGUAAUGCAGCAACCUUGCUUACAUUUUCUUGGAAGCUUGUUCUUAGAAAAUGCUGGCCAUUUUUAUACCAAUUUAUAAGGCGUUGAUUUUGUUGCUCAUUGUGCUAAAGCUGUAGGUAGAGGAACAAUCUACAUGUAAUAUCCCGCUUAUAGAGGAGCUAUACAGAAGCUAUGAUGAGUGGUUAGACUUAGCGCAAUUAAUGCCAGAACCAUAAUGCAAGCUUCUACUUUGGUACAAUACAUGAACAUUGAAUCCAAUGGGAGACUUUUGGACGGUAUUUUUUCACAGUUCUCCCCAGUAGUGCGCAAUGUGCGUGCUCAGACCAUACCCGCACAAUACUGAGCAUGUGCGCGCAUGCUCAGAGUCCUGAAAAAAGAUCGUUAUGUCUGCUGCCACUAGCGUCUCAAAAGUCUCUGAUUGACAUCGAUGGGGGACACAUGGGGUGGGUUUUCGUUGGUUUCAGUCAAUGGCCAGUGAUCAACCAAUGUCAGGUUCAACUGAAACAGUUAUUGGUUAUGACCGCGAAAACGCAUCCCUGGCUUACACUGUCUUAAAGAACAGACUGAUCAGAAUAGUUGUGGGACAAAACUAGGCUUAUUGUAAUAAGUCUUUACAAAACAAACUGUGACAAUAUUGUAGGUCAUCCUUGUGGGGCAUGACAUGUUAGAGGGUCGCUCAAUAACAACUGGUUACUCCAACCAGCUGUAGGUAUAGAGGUACCAGUGCUGAGCCGAACAUUAAAAGAGUUGUGACAACUUUUGAUUAUGAGCCAUUUUAUGUAUAAA